AUGGCUCAUGAUUUGGUGAUGUUUAGAGAUGUGGCUGUAGACUUUUCUCAGGAAGAGUGGGAAUGUCUGAACUCGUAUCAGAGGAAUUUGUACAGAGAUGUGAUAUUAGAGAACUAUAGCAACUUGGUAUCAUUGGCAGGCUGUUCCAUUUCUAAGCCAGAUGUGAUUACCUUGCUGGAACAAGGGAAGGAGCCCUGGAUGGUGGUGAGGGAUGAGAAAAGAAGAUGGAGCCUGGAUUUGGACUCCAAAUGUGACACUGAAAUGUUACUUCAAAAAAAGGAUAUUUAUGAAAUGAAUUUAUCUCAGUGGGAAAUAAUGGAAAGAAUUAAGAACUGUACACUUGAAUGUAAAAAGUUUGAGGGACAAGAAGGUCUUCAUGAGGUCUAUUUCAGGCAACUGACAAAAACCACCUCUGAAAAAAUGCCCAUUUACAGAAAACAUACAUCUCUUACUCUUUAUCAGAGAAGUCAUAAUAAAGAGAAGCCCUAUGAAUGUGGGGAAUGUGGAAAGGCUUUUAGAGUACGCCAACAACUGACUUUUCAUCAAAGAAUUCAUACUGGUGAGAAACCUUAUGAAUGUAAAGAGUGUGGAAAAGCCUUUAGACAGUGUGCUCACCUUAGUCGGCAUCAGAGAAUUCAUACUUCUGACAAACUCUGUGAGUGUAAAAAAUGUGGAAAGAUCUUUACAUGUGGUUCAGACCUUCGAGUUCAUCAAAGAAUUCACAUUGGUGAGAAGCCAUAUGAAUGUAAGGAAUGUGGGAAAGCCUUUAGAGUACGAGGGCAACUUAAUCUCCAUCACAGGAUUCAUACUGGUGAGAAACCCUAUGAAUGCAAGGAAUGUGGGAAGGCCUUUCGACAGUAUGCACACCUUACUCGACAUCAGAGACUUAACAUUGCUGAGAAGUGCUAUGAGUGUAAGGAAUGUGGUCAGGCUUUUCUGUGUAGUACAGGCCUUCGAAUACAUCACAAACUUCAUACUGGUGAGAAACCAUAUGGAUGUAAGGAGUGUGGAAAGGCCUUUAGAGUGCGGCAACAACUUACUCUUCAUCAGAGAAUUCACACUGGUGAGAAACCCUAUGAUUGUAAGGAAUGUGGGAAGACCUUUAGUCGUGGCUAUCAUCUGACUCUCCAUCAGAGAAUUCAUACUGGUGAGAAACCUUAUGAAUGUAAGGAAUGUCAGAAGUUCUUUCGUCGUUACUCAGAACUUAUUUCACAUCAGGGUAUUCAUAUUGGAGAGAAACCUUAUGAAUGUAAGGAAUGUGGGAAGGCCUUUAGACUGUUCUCACAACUUACUCAACAUCAGAGUAUUCAUUUUGGUGAGAAACCCUAUAAAUGUAAGGACUGUGAGAAGAAUUUUAGAUUGCUCUCUCAACUUACUCAACAUCAGAGUAUUCAUACUGGUGAAAAACCCUAUGAUUGUAAGGAAUGUGGAAAGGCCUUUAGACUUCAUUCAUCACUUAUUCAACAUCAGAGAAUUCAUUCUGGUGAGAAACCAUACAAAUGUAAGGAAUGUAAGAAGGCCUUUAGACAACAUUCACACCUUACUUACCAUCAGCGAAUUCAUAAUGUAAAUGCAUAA